AUGACUAUUCUCCCAUCUCCGACACUCAUCCAGCGAACUUUGGAUCUCGUUUCUAUUACGGCUAAUCUUUUAACGUUAUUGGUUUCUUUAUGUCUUCUAUAUGCUGUUAUAUGUCAAUUCAUUCGUUCGAAUUCUUUUCGUCGUAAACAAAUGUUAAAGAAUAUGUCUAUACGUCUUUCUGUGAAUACACAUUGUUUACUUAUUAUAAGAAGUAUUUUACAAUUUCUUGAUGUUGAUUUAAAUAUAAUAAAAAGAAAUUAUUUAUCAAUUCGAGAAUUUAACGAUUCAUUUAUGUGUCGAUUUCGUGGUUAUUUACUUCUAUCCAUGCAUACUAGUUUAUAUUGGAGUUAUACAAUUCAAGCUGUAUUUCGUUUUAUAAGAGUUAUUUUUCCUAAUUAUAUUUCUUUAUGUCAAUCAACUAUUAAUUUUUGUUUAUUUAUUUCUGUUCAAGUCUUUUUUGGAUUUAUCUCUAUGUUUCCAAUGUUUAUUGGUUUUAAUGCUAUUUAUUUACUGCCUAAUGAACCUUAUUGUACAGCAUCAUAUAAUGAAUUAGUUUCAUUAAUUUAUAUGCCUAUAUUUGCGUUUAUUUUACCAUUAUGUACUAUUGUUGUAUGUUAUUUAUGUAUUGUUUGGAAAAUACGUCAUAUAACAACAAUAAUACAUCCUUAUCAACAAAGAAAUCGUCGUGAUUUUCUUAUUAUUCAUCGUAUGAUAUUAAUUAUAAUAGUUAUAAGUAUGGUAUCACUUCCAUUACUUAUUGAUUUAUUUAUUCAUUUACCAAAAGGUUAUCGAGAUCCAUAUAUGAAUUCAAUUGGGUGGGUUUCAUCGAGUAUUAAUGCUAUUAUACUUGUCAUUAGUUUACCAUUUAUUAAUCCAAAAGUGUAUCAAUUAUUCAAAAGAAAAAUGAAUAUUGUUCAUGUUCAAAGAUGCUUCAACAAUUAA